UACAGACCUGAUACCGACGGGAAUGAUAUUCUCGCGAGAUUUCAUCGGCUGCGACGAGAUGGUGGCAUUUGGAGAUCUAUUCCUACAUGCAAUUAGGAAUGUGUGCCUCUUUUACAGACCAGUGGCAUGUUGAAGAUAAAUGUCUUGCACCUUUUCCUGAACUUGGGAAGCUUUGUGAUGCUACAAUAAUGUCCUUUGAAACAGAUAGUGAUGGGAAGUGUUUUGCCAAGGUUUCCUUUGGGGAAAAUCAGGAAGAGAAAAUACUUACAACCAAACUCUCCCAGAUCAAAACAAAUAAAACUGCAAAGAAGAACUUAAUAUUCGAUGAUGAAGAUUUGGAAAAGCCUUAUUUUCCUGACCGAAGGCUUCCGUCACCAGCAAUUGCCUUUGAGCUGUCCAAAGACGGAGAAGAGAUCCCUUACACCAUUAAUAGAUAUCUACGUGAUUAUCAAAGAGAAGGGGCCCAGUUUCUUCAUGGACAUUAUGUUCGUAAAAGUGGAUGCAUUCUUGGAGAUGACAUGGGGCUUGGGAAGACAAUCCAGGUUAUUUCAUUUCUGGCUGCAGUGCUAAAGAAAAAGGGGACACGUGCAGAUAUUGAAAAUAAUAUGCCUGAUUUUUUGCUGCGAACAAUGAGAAAAGAAAUGUCAUCUGUUCCAAAGAAAACCUUCUUGAUUGUGGCACCUCUUUCUGUGCUCUAUAAUUGGAAAGAUGAAUUAGAUGUCUGGGGGUACUUCAAGGUUAUAGUUCUGCAUGGCAACAGAAAAGAGUAUGAGUUAAAUCGAAUCAAGCAGGGAAAAUGUGAGAUUGUGCUAACAACCUACGAAGUACUUCGCCUUUAUUUGGAUGAGCUUAACAGUUUACAAUGGUCAGCUGUCAUUGUGGAUGAAGUACAUAGAAUCAAGAAUCCAAAAUCUCAGAUAACUCAGACAAUGAAGGCUCUAAUGUGUAAAGUUCGGUUGGGACUUACUGGGACAAUUUUACAGAACAACAUGAAAGAGCUUUGGUGUGUUAUGGACUGGGCUGUACCUGGGCUCUUGGGUAGCGAAGCAAGUUUCAAGACAGAGUUUUCUGAUCCUGUAGAACUUGGCCAGCGGCACACUGCAACUAAAAGAGAGCUAGCCACAGGCCGAAAGUCAAUGAAGAGGCUAGCUGAAAAACUAUCGGGUUAUUUCUUAAGGCGUACAAAGGCUCUCAUCAAUGAUCAGUUGCCCAAGAAAGAAGACAGAAUGGUAUAUUGUUAUCUGACAGAGUUCCAGAGAACAAUUUAUAAGACUGUAUUGGAGACAGAAGAUGUGCAGUUAGUGCUGCGGGCAUGUGAAUCAUGUAGCUGUAGUAGUGGCCAUAAAAGGAAGAAUUGUUGCUACAAAACAAAUGCUCAUGGCGAAACAAUGAAUGCAUUAUAUUUCAGUUAUUUGACAGUCCUUCGUAAGAUAGCAAAUCAUGCUGCCCUGUUACAGACAGAGAGCGCUAGCAAACAGCAGGUUAGUUUUCUCAAGUCUUUGUUUUCAGCAGUGAUUUGAA